UCAACUGCCCACAGCGCGGCUUUGCGUCUGCGUUCGACGCCGGUCGUUGCUGCAGCCCCAGGGCGCAGACGCCCGGCCUCUCCGCCCAAAUGUUAGUUUGUAAAACAGCGGGGCUGGAGUCUGCAGGGUUUGCAGGCUUCCGCCUUGCAGGAAGUCUGGGAGGCUCAGAGUUUCCAACUCUUUCACCUUAGAGCCCUCUUCGCCCAGGCAAGACCACCCAGUAACCUGGCUGCCCACAGCCUGAGCAGUUUCUUGGCGUGGCCGGCGUCCCUGCCUUCCUGUUACCACAGACAGAUGUAAGCCUGUGCCUACCUUAAGAGCAAGGAAAGAAUACAAUUUUUUCAUCUAUCAUUUGGAAGUGAAGUAAAAUAACGAAAUGAAGCCAGCACAACAUCUGUUAGCCUCUAGUAAGAAAUGGGCAAAUGUUCCAGAAUUCACCUACCAAAAAGGACUAUUUAAUUUACCAUUGUCACCUAAACCGAAGGAAAAACGUAGUGCAAAAUUUGUACGUGAUAAACUUGAACCAAUGGUCUUAGGAUCUCCACCAACAGGGGAAUCCAUUGUAAGGUAUGCUUUGCCCAUUCCAUCAAAUAAAACAAAGGAGUUAAUAGCAGAAGAUGAAUUGAUCAGGAAAAUUACCAAACAUCUGAAGAUGAUUGUUUCUACUUUGGAGGAAACCUAUGGAUUUGACAUUCAAAAUAGAGAAAAAUUAGCUGUGAAGCCUGAAAAUGAAGAAUCAACUUUUUCGGUUGGGGAUGAUCUGAAUUCAUUCUUGGUAUGUUGUUCACAAUUUGCAGCUCAGUUGGAAGCAGCAGCUAAGGAAGAACGUAAUAUUUUGGAAUCUCUUUUUAAGUGGUUUCAGCGACAAGUCAAUCAUAUGGAAGAGAUAAGUAAAGAUCAAACCUUUUUAGAGGCAGAGUGUCCAACUCCUGACCAAACAGUCACUUUAAGCAUUGCACAAGUAGUAAAGCAAGUGCAAAAACUAGAAGAACUGAAAAAUCUCCUCCAACAACGGACUAAAUGCUCCUCAAGAGCCCCAUUGUCUAAAGCCAAGGAUACUGAAAAUUCACCAGGAACAGUACAUAGUAAUGAAGUUGUACAGCAGAAAAUUGAAGAAUUCAUAAAAACUCACUCAACUGAAGAAUUUAGAGAUGUUUCUGCAACUGAUCCACAAACUACAUUUUCACUGAUGAAUCGAUUGAAUGUCAUGUUGAAAAUAUUUGAAAAACAGUCAAAUAUGUUGGAGAGAGCUGUGAGUGAUCAAAGUUUGUUAGAAGCUAAAUACAAACAAAUGGAAAGUAACUUUCAAGUGUUAUUAGAGGAGAAAUUAGGGCUGGAAAGUGAACUACAGAAGUUAAAGAAUACUGAGAAAACAAAACCUACAUACAGUAGGACAAAGAAAACUAUAAAAACUGAGAAGAAAAAAGACAAAGGAAAACCUGAGGAUUCAGAAGAGAAGAAGUCUCUUGUCAGAGAUCUUAAAAGAAAAGGAGAUUUGCUUGAAGUCCAAAAAGUAGCACAUGCUCUGGAAACUGAGAACAAAGUCCUUCAGGAACAACUGAAACAGGCUUUCCAGGAAGCUGAAAGAGCUAAGCAUCAACUUGACUAUUUCCUAAAUCAAGGGAAAGAAUCACUUAAAAGUGAAGGGAAGACCAAGACAAAAAUGGAAAUGGGUAUUAGUAAAAUAAAAGUUGAAGAUUCAAAAGAUAUACCAUUGGAGAGAGGAACAAAGAAAUCAGUAGUUACAGAUUCAGGUGGACAAAAGACAAGUUCUAAACUCCAAGAACAUCUACAGAUCUCAAAUGUCCCAAAUGGAAGCCCACUUGACAAAAGCUCAGAGAAGAAAAGAGCUAGCUCUGCUAUUUCAGAUCUUUCACAGAUCCUAAAGUCUCAAGAUGGAUCAGCUUUUUUAAGGAAUUCAAGUGAAGUUUCAGCUGAUAAAGACCUAUCCCAUAUACUUCCAUUAAAGACCCAUGAUAAAUCAUUAACAAGACUAUUAUCAAAGGAAGAGAUUGAAGAUUUACUGUCUGCCAGAACAUCACUUCAAGGGAAUGAAACAGCAACAGCAUCAUUCAUUUCACCUCCUGUUCUUACCAAAAGAAAGCCAAUGGAUACUGACCUUUCAAAGGAUGCUGCUAUAGAAGAGAAAUUACAAAAUAAGACUGAAAAACAAACUUACCAAGUAUCAAGAGAAUUUCAAGCUCAGGAUAAAGUAUCUGAUGAAAAUAUUGGACUUGAGGAUGAAGCAGUAUCAAGCACACUCAUGCAGAUGUUUCAACAAAGAACUUCUAGAAUGAAUAGACGCAAUGCAUUUCUUGUAGCUCAGCAAAAGGAUAUGGUAUCUACUGCAAAUCAGUUGCCUGGGGGCAUGGCUUUAAUUUUAAGAAGCCUAUCUCAAGAUAAGAAUCUUAAAUCUACCAGAAGUGAGAGCUUUGAUAUACCAGAUGAAGAACAUAUGAUUGAGCAUGAAGAUUCAGUGUCAAAAACCAAAAUGCAAGUAGAGAAACAAAAAACUUCUAGAAAGGGAAGAUUCACUACUCAUGAUAAAGUACCAGAUGAAAAGCUCAUGCAUAAGAAUCAGGAUUCAAUGUCAAAAACCCAACAGCAAGUAAAGAAACAAAGCACUCUCAGAGGGGAAGGACUCUCUGCUCAGGAUGAAGUACCAGGUAGAAAUCUUCUGCUUGAUGGAAACCAAGAUUCAAUAUCAAAAACACAAAUGCAAGUAAAGAAACAAAGAACAACCAAAGGGGAAGGAAACAUUGCUCAUGAUGAUGUACCAGACAAAAACCUUAUGUUAAAGCAUGAGGACUCAAAGUCAAAAACAGAAAUGCAAGUAAAGAAACAAAGAACUACCCAAAAUGAAAAACUUAUUAGUCAUGAUAAUAUGACAGAUGAAAAUCCUGUGCUUGAGUAUCAAGAGUCAAUGUCAAAAAUCCAAUUGCAAGUAAAGGAACAAAAAAUUGCUAAAGGGGAAAGACUCACUACUCACAAUAAAGUACCAGAAAAUGUUAUGCUUGAGCCUCAAGUUUCAAUGUCAAAAACCCAUCUGCAAGUAAAGAAAAAAAGAACUCCUAAAGGGGAAAGAGUCAGUAUUCAGGAUGAAGUAACAGAUGAAAAUCAAAUGCUUCAGCAUCAAGACUCAAUAUCAAAAUCAGAAAUUCAAGUGAAGAAACAAAGAACUCACAAAAGGGAAAGACUUAGUACUCAUGAUGAUGUGCCAGACAAAAAUCUUAUGCUUAAGUACCAAGAUUCAGUGUCAAAACAUCAAAUACAAGGGCAGAAACAAGUAACUUCCAGAGAGAAAAAACACAUGACCUUUGAUGAAGAACAAGAUGAAAAUCUUAUGCUUAAACAUCAAGACUCAGUGUUAGAAACCCAAGUACAAAAAAAUUCCAUGGAGGAAAUACUCAGUACUCAUUUUGGAGUACCAGAUGAAAAUCUAAUGCUUGUGAGUCAGGAUUCAGUGUCAAAGCCUCAAGUGCAAGUAGAGAAAAAAAUAACUCACAAAAGGGAAAGACGCCAUACUUAUUUUGGUGUACCAGAUGAAAAUCUAGAUGUAAAUCCAGAGUCAGCAUCAAAAUUCCAAGUGCAAGUGAAGAAAGAAAGAACUUCCAAAGAGGGGAGACGCAAAACAUUUCCUCUUGAAAAGCAAAAAAAUUAUAUGAUAUCACAUGAAAAUCUAUUUCCUGAGGAGAAAGUUUUGUUUUCAAGAAACCAGUUUCAAACUAAGAAUGAAGCUACCAGAAACAUAAAUCUUUAUACCUCUAUUUCUGUAGCUGAGAAAAUGGAUGAGAAAGCAGGUAAAAAUCUUUCACCUGAAGAUAAUAAAGUUUUAAUUUCAAAAGGCUCAUCGCAAAUUAAGACACUUGGAUCUGUCAGCAAAGCAGGAUUUAGUAAUCAGGAUAUGGAUGAACCCUCAGGUUUUACACUUGAAAAUCUAGAACUCGCUUCAGGAUACAAGGAUCAACAUCAAACAAGUGGAGUUUACCAAUCUCAAAGAUUGAGUGUUAAAAAUGAAGCAGCCUCAGAACUUUCAGAUACAGCAGAUCAUCCAGCAAUAUAUCCAUCAAUUAGUGAUAUAAUACAUCAAUUAGAUUUAAACAAAGUCAUAGAAACUAAUAUAGAACACUUGAAAGGUGUUAAUGGAACACGUAUAUUGCUGAAGGAAAUGAAGAUACAAUCAAAAAAUCUCCCUGAGAUUGAUGCAGAGCCCCUCCUAGGUGCUAUGGAAAGAGGUAUGCUAAAGAAGGAGAUCAAGACACAGUCAAAGAGUCAUGCUGGUGUGAAUUUAUUUAAAGACAGUUAUAUGUCCCCACAACAUAAAGAUUUUUUCACCAGUGACAUCACACCACGGAAAGUCUCAACAAACAGGAUCAGUUUUUCAUCUUUUGACAAUCAAGGAAUGAAUUUGUUUAAAAACAAAAAUAUGUUUUCAAACCAACAAGAUUUAGUUCCGAAGAACAUCUCAAUGAGUAAAUUCCCAACAAAAGUGAUCAAUUUAUCACCCUUUGACAGUCAAGAAGAACCUUAUGAAUACACUUCACCCCAUGUGAUUGAACCUCCAAAAGCAAAUCAUAGAACCUCUAAGGCUGGGUCAACCAUUUAUAAAGCCAUCCAGCUUCCUUCAUUGAAUAAAGAACCUUCAGGGCACCCAAAAAAUACUGUCUCAAAAAAACAUGUUGGAUUUAUGAAUACUCUGCCUGCUAUAAUCUCUACAACUAGAAAACCUAUCUAUGAAGUGCCACAUCCUGCUGCCCGAAAUCUCUACCACGUCCCUAUUUUUAAGAAAAAAUAAGUUCUGGUCAAGAUAAGCAACAUGAGCAAAUAGCAAUGAAAUGUGCAAAUGUGGAAGCUUUAUGAGAAUAACACUAACUUGAAAGGAUGGUGCUUAUUGAACAAUAGUGAGAAAUACCCUGGAUAAAUAGGGUAGACCCGGAUUAUGGAGGAGUUUAGUUGGUAGCAGAAUUCUUCUUUACUAUCUGGAACAAACUUGAAACUCAAAGAUCAAAGCUUUUUUGUUGCUGAUGUUAAGAAAGAAGCCCUAUGCUGAAGCUCCAGCUUGCUUCUAUUCACUAAUAUUCCUGUAAUAUCUUCAAGUGUGAUGUGAAACCAAUUAAAUGAAAUU